CCGAUCCAUUUACCGUUCCGAUUGUCUCCUUCGGUCUUUCUUCCCUUCGUUUGCCCUAGCUUUCGCUCUCCCCUCCUUUUCUCGUGCUGCCAUUGUCCCUUCCAAAACCACCCCGGUCCAGCGCUGAGCUUCCUUCUCCCCCAGGAUCUCGUCGCUUAUGCACUACUGCCCUCUCCGAGGAGGUGCUUGAGAGAUGUUAAUUGAAGCUAUCCGAUCUUUCAUUCAAUUGCUUUCUUUCUGUUCGGCAAAGAAACCGCUGAGUUGUAACAUUUGAAACAUUAUGAGCAGUGCUCCAAAGAAGUUACAUGAGGAGGGAGGCCAUUCUACUCCUUUAAAACGGCCACUGGAAGACACUAGUAUAUAUUCGAGUCCUGGAAAGCUAGUUCAACCAGUUGGUAAUGACUUUUACCUACCCAUUGAACGUGGGCAGGAUGGACGAUUUUCAAAAGUCCCACGCAUUGAACCUCGUGAUAUUGAUAAGAGAUCACAUCUGCUGCAUCGGAUGCCUUCAGCUUCUAAUGGCUCCUUAGACCAUCCAGUUACAUCUGAGAACAAGUUAGAAUUCGAAAAUUCAAAGGAUGCCAGAGAAGGUAAGAUUGAAAACUGGGAAACAAAGGCUGAGGUUAGGGACUUGUACACUGAUACUAGGAUGGAUCUUCAAGAUAGCAAGGCUGAGAAUGCUUCAACAAUAGAGAGUAGGGGGGAUGAAAAGGAACUUAAAUCUGAUAGGGGGUCGCACAUUGAGUAUAAGGGUGAUAUCAAAUUUAAUAAAGACAAUUAUACUUCAACAAGUUCUCACCUAAAUUGGAAAGAUAACAAAGAGAACCAAAAGGAUAAAAGAUAUUUUGAGUCCCCUAAUGAUGGUUUGGACUCAUGGCAUGUUGCAAGGUCAGAAUUACAAUGCACAGAUGAAGCUGCAAAAGAUGUUACAGCACGUGAAGAGCGACAUGCCAUGGAAACGCAUGAGGCUGUUGAAGAAGACAAGACUGAUCUGAAAGGUGAAGAAAAAUUCAGAGAUAAGGAUAGGAAAAGGAAGGAUGACAAGCAUAGAGAUUAUGGAGAAAGGGAUAAGGAUAGAAAUGAUCGUCGAAACAGUUUGCAACAUGGUGGUGCUAGUAUUGAAUGCAUAGAAGUGCUGAGAGAAGAGAGAGAUAUGGAGAGCUGGGAGAGGGAGAGAAAGGGCACUCAAAAAGACAUGGAACGGAAUGACCGGGAGAAGGAUAUUAUGGAGAGAAAUGAAAAUGCAAAUGCAAAGGAGGAUUUGCACUGUGAGAAGGAGUUUGUGGAUGGAUCUAUCAAAGUUUCUGAGCCAGAAAAUACAACAAUUGAAUCUAAGAGGCUUAAAGUUGACAGUUGGAAAUCUUAUGAUAGGGAUUUUAAAGAAAGGCAAAGAGAAAGGGAUGCAGAUGCAGUUGACAGCCAUGAACAGCAUGACAGGUGUUAUGACAAGGAAUCAGAUGAUGGAUGUGCAGAAGGAGAGGGAGCUACAGAGAAGGAUAAGGAUGUUUUUGGUGGUGUUCAGCAACGUAGGAAGAUGUUGCGGUCAAUGGGGACUCCUCAAGCACCUCACCUAGAACCUCGGUUUCGGUCUAGAGCACGGGACGAGAGAUCUCAAGGCAAACCUGAAGUAUCUGCAGUUGUUUAUAAAGCUGGUGAAUGCAUGCAAGAACUUCGAAAAUCUUGGAAAGAAUUUCAAGCAUCUCAACAUACUAAACGUGAUGAAAGCUUGCAAAAUGGUCCGACCCUGGAAAUUCGAAUACCUGCAGAAUAUGUUACUUCCACUAACCAUCAAGUCAAAGGUGCCCAGCUGUGGGGAACAGAUACGUAUACAAAUGAUUCAGAUCUAGUUGCCGUUCUCAUGCACACCGGUUAUUGCUGCCCAACAUCAUCUCCCCCCCCACCUACCAUUCAAGAGUUAUGGGCAACAGUUCGAAUUCUGCCACCACAAGAUGGCUACACUUCAACAUUAAGAAAUAAUGUCCGCUCACGUGCCUGGGGGGCUGGAAUCGGCUGUAGUUUCCGUGUUGAAAGAUGCUGUGUUGUGAAGAAAGGUGGUGGGACAAUUGAUCUGGAGCCUCAUCUUACUCAUACAUCAGCAGUGGAACCAACUCUUGCUCCUAUAUCUGUUGAACGCACCAUGACAACAAGAGCUGCAGCUUCGAAUGCAUUGCGUCAACAAAGGUUUGUCCGUGAAGUCACAAUUCAGUACAAUCUCUGCAAUGAGCCAUGGCUGAAAUACAGUAUUAGUGUAGUUGCUGAUAAGGGGCUAAAGAAGCCUCUCUAUACCUCAGCACGACUGAAGAAGGGCGAAGUUCUAUAUCUGGAAACACAUUUUAGUAGGUACGAGUUAUGCUUCAAUGGGGAGAAAGCAGUUUGUAAUGGAACAAUGUCAACUUCAUCUCAAGCACCACAGUCAGAGCACAAGAAGCCUCGAAUCCAUAGUUAUCAUGUCCAAAAUGGUGACAGGAAUUCAACAGACCGCGAGAACGUCAUUGAUGUAUUUCGGUGGUCUCGCUGUAAGAGGAUUUAUCCUGAGAAAACCAUGCGUUCCAUUGGAAUCCCAUUACCCAUGGAACAUGUGGAGGUAUUGGAGGAGAAUGUGGAUUGGGAAGACGUUCGGUGGUCACAGACUGGCGUUUGGGUGGCAGGGAAGGAAUAUGCUGUUGCUCGAGUCCAUUUUCUCUCCCCGAACUAGUGAUCAAUAUGUAUGUCUAGUCUUCUUAAAUUUAAUUACAGUUUCAUUCAAAAUAUGUGUAUCCUUGUGUAUAAUGGUGAUAGAUAAACCUUCUUUAAGGCGUGACUUUGUUUAAUCAGGUGACUUUAGGUUGCUUUAUCAUCUAAUUCUAUAUGAGUAAAUGAUACUUAUGAUAGUUUUUUCUUAAUUUGAAUGACGAUGUUCACUGCU